CACAGUACAUCGAACGAGGAUGGUGUGGCCGCCUCAGAAGAAUAGGCAUUACUCGCCGUCCUCAGAGUCAUCCGUGACGUGCAUCUAAUCCAAUUCUCAGACUCUCCUGGCCACUAAUUCACUAUUAUCACAUUCCUGCACCCAGGCGUGUCCGCAACCUCUUCCAAGUUCCUCCUCUUCCCCUACGUAGCUUCACACAUAUCCACUUCCACGGAACCUUGCCGCGCACCGUCCUCCUUCGUCCAUGUGAAGGUGGACCUUAUUCUGUGGUCAUCAGACAACACCGACUUUCGCGUAUUCAAGUUCUUCCUUUCCUUCUAUUCGCCAGUCUCUAAAACCCACUUUGAUCAUCUCCGACGUUCGGAAGAAAUGAGCAUAGAUGCAGAGAUCAAGGAUGGAAUACUGGUCAUCACUGUCUCAGAAGAUAAGAAGACACCGGAAUUUCUCCUCCACUUCUGCUAUCCCGAUCGCUGCACUCCGACAGCCCGUCUUACCUCCAAGUAUUCCCUCGAUGUAGCUGUGAAAACGGUGUGCAAAUCUAUGUUCUACCUGAGGAUCUUGGAGGCAAACCCGAGGUGCUGCUUCGUGAUUGCAUGCGAGGCCGGUAUGCGGGAUGGGUGCAUUCCUGUUGCCGAAUACGCGCUCCGGGAGCCUGUGAAUACAGCGUGGUUCGAAGAGCCUCAAAAGAACGAGCUCCAUUUGUUAUUGAUGUAUCGUAAAACAUGCGGCAUUGCUGUUCAGGUGUUGAAGAACGACAUCUCUUGGAUUGGUCGCCUAUCCUCACUGGACAGUUGCCGGUCGGUAGGCAUACUGGCGAUGGUUGCUAUGGAUGUGCUGUUUCAACUUCAGGCAAAUUCAUGCUAAAUGGACAAGCAUGUACUCAGUGAUGGGGGCCUGUAUUAGAUGGACUCCACUUCUUUGGAUUUGUACGACUGGCCCUCCGGGACGACUAUCUGGCUAAAUGUCUACGUGGCGUAUCGAACCAUUUCAACGACACAAUUACGGUUGUUGUUCUCCUGUGGCAGUGCCCCGGAGGGGCUUGGGAGAAUUAGCAACUCCGAUCUUCGUUGACCAAGUUCAGGAGACAAUCGCGCAAUCGUGCUAAACCGCUAAACCUAGGGUUUUCAAGAAACAUGCAAAAAAUUGUUUUUGCAAGUGGUUUUGUGAUACGUGUUACAGAAGUGUAGACAACGAUAUUACACUAAUGAAUUGACCAAAUAGUUUCAUGCAGUAAAUCAUAUAGGUAAAUUCAAUUAUUCGCUCUCUGGCCAGCCAGC